GAGAGACAUUCUCAGGAGGGGACGGGGAUGGCCCAGUAGCAACUCAACAGCGUCCGCAGUGCCAGAGACCUGGGCCCGACCCCGACCACAGACGAAACGCAGAUCUUCACCCAUGCAGAUUCACAUCUACCAAGAGUGUUUAUAGCGAGUGAUCUAUGACCCGGGUAUGCGCAAUCGGAAUACUGAACUCACUUAUUUGAUCAGAAAAGGUCAGCAUGCUGCUAGAGCCGCUGUCUCAAAACCUGGGCAUUUUGUGCUCAUUUGGAGACAAAGGUCAAAACAAGUUCAAAACAAGUUGAGUUUAUUGUCAGAGAUUACAACGGAAACAUUGCUUGCAGUAACAUCACAUGCCCAUAGACUCAGACAACACGCAAAAACAUAAAAUAUGCCUAAAUUGCAUAUAAAUUCUGCCAGAUAGAAAAAGAAAAAAAGUGUACUAAAAGUAAGAUAUUAGUGCAAAACAUAAUUAAAAACACGUCCGUGGUAGUGCAAGAGGUAGUCUAGAGUGCUCCGUUGCCGAGGUAGGGCUGCAGGAGAUGGGAAUCCUAAAGUAACGCAGAAAAUGAAAUGACCACAUCGGAUAUCUGCAGCGCUUUGCCUGCGUCUCAGUUCCCAGCUGCCCUGUGGGAGAGGGGUCACGGUCUGCAGGACGGUUCCCUCCCGCUGGCAGAUGCGGGGCCGCAGCUGCUGAGACGCCCGACCUCGGCCGGCGCUACAACCUUGAGCUCAUCAUCGGUCGGCGGCUAUCCAGGUUGUACUUGCCUGCUCAGCAAUAAGUCUGGAAGCUGAGACUCCCAGACACUCCACUGAUCAUCCUCUGUUGGUCUACACCCAUUGCUGCUGGUCAAUAGAACUCGCGUUGGACUAUGCUGGUUACAGCUGGAAUACGCUAGUUACAAUUGGACUUCGAUGAUUAAGGCUGGACUUCGCUGGUUUCAAUAUUGGGGAUAACUGGUCUACGCAGUUUACACCUAGUCCAUCACAGCACCUCUGGUCAACAUUGGUUUCUGCUGGCCAAUAACCUAGUCUCCACUAGGUACCACCAGUUGGUCAAUGAUAGGCACUGCUGUCCAUGUUUAGUGCUGGUCAGGACUGGUCAGCAUGAGGAGCAGGAGUAACUCUGGCGUCCGGUUGGAUGGGUACGCAAGGUUGGUGCAGAGAACCAUCUUAUGCCACCAGAACCCAGUAACGGGACUGUUGCCUGCCAGUGUCGAUCAGAAGGAUGCCUGGGUGCGAGAUAAUGUGUACAGUAUUCUGGCUAUCUGGGGCCUGGGAUUAGCAUAUCGCAAGAACGCAGACCGAGAUGAGGAUAAGGCCAAAGCUUAUGAACUGGAGCAGAGUGUUGUGAAGUUAAUGAGGGGACUUCUCCAAUGCAUGCUAAGGCAGGUGGAGAAAGUUGAGAAGUUUAAGCAGAGCCAGAGCACGAAGGACGCUCUCCAUGCCAAGUACAACACCACCACGUGUGGGACGGUGGUUGGUGACAAUGAGUGGGGCCACCUUCAGGUUGAUGCUACCUCCCUCUACCUGCUCUUCCUGGCACAGAUGACUGCAUCAGGAUUACGCAUCAUUUUCACCCUGGAUGAAGUAUCGUUUAUACAGAAUCUCGUAUUUUACAUUGAGGCCGCUUAUAAAGUUGCUGAUUACGGCAUGUGGGAGCGCGGAGAUAAAACGAACCAGGGAAUAGCAGAGCUAAAUGCAAGUUCUGUGGGCAUGGCCAAGGCAGCGCUGGAGGCGAUCGAUGAGCUGGAUUUGUUUGGAGCCUGUGGAGGUCCUAGAUCAGUCAUCCACGUUUUGCCGGAUGAAGUGCAACAAUGCCAGUCUAUUCUUCUCUCAAUGUUACCCAGAGCAUCAACGUCAAAAGAGAUCGAUGCUGGACUGCUUUCGAUCAUUUCCUAUCCUGCCUUUGCAAUUGACGACAUUGAUCUUGUGAAUGUGACAAAAAACGAAAUAAUUACAAAACUGCAAGGUCGAUAUGGCUGCUGUCGAUUUCUGAGGGACGGCUACAAAACCCCAAGAGAGGAUCCGAACAGACUACAUUAUGACUCGGCUGAGCUGCAGUUGUUUGAAAACAUUGAAUGUGAAUGGCCCGUGUUCUGGACCUACCUCCUCAUUGAUGGGGUAUUUAAAGAAGACAAGGUGCAGGUUGAAGAGUACAAAGAAGCCCUGGAAGAAAUUCUUAUAAGGGAACAGAAUGGCAUACGACUGGUGCCAGAACUGUACGCCGUCCCUGCUGAGAAGGUGGAUGAGGAAUAUAAGAACCCACAUACGGUGGACAGAGUUGUGAAAGGAAAAUUGCCUCAUAUGUGGGGGCAAUCUUUGUACAUCCUGGGGAGUCUCCUAUCUGAGGGAUUUUUAGCUCCUGGUGAAAUUGAUCCCUUAAGUCGAAGACUUUCUACAAUUGGCAGGCCUGAUGUUGUUGUCCAAGUGUCAAUAUUGGCUGAAUCUGAAAAGAUAAAGAACAUUUUAGCAAAGCAUAAUUUGGAUGUCGAGGCUAUAUCUGACGUUCUUCCAAUCAGAGUACAGCCAGGAAGAAUUCUGAGCCACAUAUAUGCAAAGCUGGGAUGCAACAGGAAUCUGAAUCUUAGUGGCCGCCCAUAUCGGCAUAUUGGUGUUCUUGGAACUUCUAAGUUGUAUGUGAUCAGAAACCAGACCUUCUCAUUUACUCCACAGUUUAUUGAUCAGCAUCAGUUUUACUUGGCCCUGGACAAUCGUAUGAUUGUGGAGAUGCUCCGGACUGACCUUGCCUACCUCUUCUCCGCCUGGAAGAUGACAGGGCGACCUACAGUCACGUUUCCAAUCACAAAAACCAUGCUGACUGAGGAUGGAGCAGACAUUGACUCGAAUAUUCUUUGCACACUUCGAAAGCUGCAGGAUGGCUACUUAUGUGGGGCUAGGGUAAAAAUUGGGAAACUUUCAGAAUUUCUGAUUACCUCGUGCUACACAAAUCUGAGUUUCAUGGACCCAGGUCCCGACGGCUUCCUCUUGGAUGAUUAUUUCAGUGAGGGAAGCUUCACUCCAACAACAGAGGUGCCAGAGUCGGUGUCUGCGCAUGAUUCAUGCUACAAAAAUGAUGUUGACACUGAAGACGAGCUCAUGCAGUAUAUAAAUCAUCUGCUACAAAGCACCACCCCUGUAUCGAAACGACUUCCUCCAACUUCCCGGAACCCAGGAAUGCAUCACAUGUUUGAGACGGAGCACACAACUAAGGACGUAUUCACAAUGGUGGCCAAAGCAACAGGGUUGGAAUUACCAAGCAGCUCCAUGUAUCUGCCCAUGAAAGUUCCAGUUGCUCAUCGGAAGUGUUUGAACCUGCUGGAAGUUCCAAAAGUACAGAAGGUUAAGUUGGAUCAUCGAAUGGAUCUCAGCUUGCCCAAGGAUGCCCAUGGUGAUAUUGACUUUGCUUCAUUGGUUGAACAGCUGAAAGAAUGCAUUACACUACAAGACCAGGCAGACAUAUUAUACAUCCUGCAUGUCAUUAAGGGCCCUGACUGGGACACAAAUAUCGGGGGACAGAGUGGUACUACGGUUCGGAGCCUCAUGACUGAGCUGUAUGGUAAAGCCGGCCAAAAUCGCGAGUGGGGACUGAUCCGCUACAUCUCCGGCCUGCUCAGGAAAAGGAUUGAAGUCCUCGCUGAGGCCUGCACAGACCUUCUGUCGCAUCAGAAGCAGCUGACGGUGGGUCUUCCCCCUGAACCACGCGAGAGGAUCAUCACAACCCCCCUGCCACCGGAUGAACUGGCAGAGCUUAUUUACGAGGCAAGUGGGCAAGACAUUAGUUUGGCAGUUCUGACCCAGGAAAUCAUGGUCUACCUCGCGAUGUAUGUGAGGACCCAACCCUGUCUCUUUGCAGAAAUGCUCAGGCUGAGAAUUGGGCUCAUCAUUCAGGUGAUGGCCACAGAGCUUGCUUAUAGUCUCAGUUGUUCAGGAGAAGAAGCUUCUGAGAAUUUGAUGAAUCUGUGCCCUUUUGACAUGAAGAAACUUGUACAUCACAUUUUAAGUGGAAAAGAGUUUGGCGUGGAAAAAAGUGUUCGACCGAUCGAUUCCACUGGCAUCAGUCCGGCCAUUUCCAUCCAUGAAGUUGGCCACACAGGGGCAACAAAAACAGAGAGGACAGGCAUCAAUAAGCUAAAGAGUGAGAUGAGACAGCAAUGCAGCAACCCCUCGUCUCCCACCGCCAGCUCAUCUCCAGCCGGCUUCUUCGGCGCCACCUUGAAUUGGGACGAACGCCAGGGUCAGUGGCUACGCAGACGGCGUCUUGAUGGAGCCAUUAACCGAGUGCCCAUGGGCUUCUACGAAAAAGUCUGGAAACUUCUACAGAAGUGCCAUGGACUUUCCAUUGAUGGCUUUGUACUUCCUUCUUCAACCACAAGAGAGAUGACUCCCCAAGAGAUCAAGUUUGCCGUCCAUGUGGAGUCUGUUCUGAACCGUGUUCCUCAGCCUGAGUACAGGCAGCUGUUGGUGGAGACGAUCCUGGUUCUCACUAUGCUGGCAGAACUGGAUGUCCACACCGUUGGUGGAGUCAUCUGUGUGGACCACAUCGUACACAUGGCCAAUGAGUACUUUUUGCAGGAUCAGAAAUCCCUUGGAGCAGGUGAUUCAAUUUUAGAGAUGGACACAGCCACAAGAAUCUGCAAUUUGUUCUAUGACAGCGCUCCAAGUGGCAACUACGGAACCAUGACCUAUCUGACCAAAGCAGUUGCCUCCUAUGUCCAAGACUUCUUACCAAAUACUGGCUGCUUCCUCCAGUAGAGCAGUGGCCCGUGAAGCAGUUAACAGCAUGAAGAGCUUCCUCAUGAUGUUAUUUUAUGCUUCAGCACUGUGUUUUAACUGAACAUAUUUCGGAUCAAAUUAUAACCAGAUGCAAUGACGCAUGGGAUAAUAUGGAAUAUUGUUUAUCUAAGGCUGUUAUUUAUUUGACUCGGUUACAAUAACUUCUUUGCAUGUGGCUACUGACUGACACGCAAAAGUCCACUCACUCACAACUGGCAGCUCCCAAGAUUUAUAUUUAUAAUUGACUUGCAUCGAAAUCAGCUCAAGCAUGUAGUGAGAAAAAUGAUUACCAAAUAUGUUUGAAUUAUCUUCUGUGCACUGGAUUCUAUGCACUGUACCUACUAUUUCCAUUGUGGUGUAGCAAGAUUUAUGAAGCUCUGAUAAUUUACAACUUAAAAUUUAGAGGUACAUAGAGUUUUGCUUUCUAUUAACAAAUCUGAAUAAUAAUGUAGCUCAAUUAGUUUCAGUGCUUAAUGGUGAUUUUUGGCGAGUGAAUAUUUACAAACUAUCUUACGCAUGUCCAGGCAGAUUGUGUUUGCAGUAUAGAAAUUAUAUACAACGGGUGGAGGAACAAUAAAACAUCAACAGUCUCAACUUCCAGUGAAAGUUGACUUGGACAUUUGCUAAUCAGGAAUCUUACUAGACCAUGUUAAGGUACAAUUUUGUACUGCACAAGUGUGGGGAUAGGAAAAUGAGAGUUUGUUUGGCUUGAAUGAGCUUAUCAGAGUGAAGCCAAACUAUGCAUUAAUGAAUGUCUGAAUUUGCCCAAUGCAGUUUUAAAAUGUGUUUCCCAAAUGAGAUUUCUAUCUACUGUAUUAAACUAAUAUCAGUGCAUCAUUGCACUAAUAUGAUUCUGUCCCUUAGGGUCAGUAGUUUAUACAUACGGCAGAAAUUUGGUUUCAGGGUAGUGUAAUCUAGGUAUGUAUAAAUACCAACCAACUGUGUCUCAUUGUUUCCGAAAAAAUAAAUAGUUCAUAUGCACUGAAAAGCUGUUUACUGUUUGCGCUGUUGGCUGUAAUUUAGCCUGAUCCUUGCUCGAACAAUGUUUUUAAUGGAAAAUGUGCUUUUAUUUUUAGUUGUAUAUUUAUAUUCAUAGCAAGUAAACCUAAACAAAAUGUUACAAUAUGAAUAUGCUGCUGCAAUCUUAUUUCAAAUGAAUUGCUCAUGGUUCAGUAUGUUAUUUGCAGUUGUAGAGAUAAAAGUGGCCCAUUGUCCAGGUAAACAGUACAAUCACCUGUAGUACAGCUGGCCAUUAGCGAUGAGUAAGAUGCAGAAGCAAACACCCCCCAUGGAGAAUGUUACUGUGAUUAUUUACCAUCUGUGAGAAGAUGGAAAACUGAAAGUGUUAAAGCAUUUAUUCAAAUACAUUUUUUAUGAAAGCCAAAACACCUUAUGACUGGAGUAGUGGUUCAUGAGUUGGAGGUUGCAUUACCAGUAUUCAAGCUCAGGCUGUGAAUGGCCAUACCCCAUGGAGACCAUGUGCAUUCCAAAAUAAAUGUGAUGCAUGGCAAGCUGAACGUAUCCAUGUAGGUUAAGGGUCCACUGUCUCUGAUUUCCUCCACUACUCUAGUACAAUGAGAUAUCUCCGUUGCUCUAUGGACCUUCCCCAAAUUAAUUUGCUUCACCAAUGUCCGUGCUAGUGUUCUGAAAUUUCCUCCUUAAACCUCUUCCCCCUCCUUUAAAGUUCACAGUUCAGUUUUAAUCGCCAUCCUAAUGUCUUCAUAAUUGUAUUUGACAAUGCCUCUGCCAAGGCCCCAUGAUGUACUAAUACACUGUGGAUGCAGGUUUAAAAAAAAAUAGCUCUGUGAAGGUAAUCCUAUAGAGGUGUCUGUUAAAAUGGAAUGGACAUUCCAAAGCAGACAAUAACGUACUGGAGGAAUUCAGCAGGUCAGACAGCAUCCGAGGAAGGAAAGGACAGAUGACGUUCCAGGCUGGGAUCCUCUUUCAGAUAGUCAUCAGCCUAAAGCAUUAUCUCAUUAUGUGCUCUCUGAUCUUGGGUAUUCCAGCAUUUUCCAGAUGUGUUGCAUCCAUGUUAUUUUGUUCCAAAAUUAGGGUGAAAGCUCCCAUUCUCCACAACAACUCAAAACUUAUGAAUGAUUUUGUUUCUUGGAGGACUCUUGUUCCUGGAAGAAAUCUACAUGCAAAUCACUGACCAUGACGUAAUAAUGAGAAAGAAGCCUUUGAGAGCGUGGUCACCAUCUGUGAGCUGAUUACAUGCUCUACACCUCAGUUAGCCACUAAUCAGAACAGAACUCUGUUAUAUAAACAAAAUGACCAUGCUCUAGUCUCGAUCAACACUAGAAUGCUGGAAUAACUCAGUGGGUCAGGCAGCAUCUCUGGAGGAAAAGUGUUUCAGGAAACCAGCAUCUGUAGUUCUUUGUUUCUAGAUCUGCUUCAUAGAGCAGAACCCGGAAAUUAAUAUUGAAGUUACUGCUACACCUGCUGGCUUUAAUGCAAAGACUGUCCCAGCUUUUCACAGAAGCAGGUAAACUAAAGGAGACAUUAGGAUAGGUGUCUUAAGGGUAGGGAGUGGUGCAGAGAGGUUAAAGAGAAGAAUCACAGAGACUCACCACAGCAAACUGGCUCUGUGUGAAUGUCUGCAGGUUUUUAGUUUAGUUUAUUAAAGGUAAAUUGUCAGUUUUUGUAAUGGCUAAGAACAAUACCCCCACCACACAAGAGGGAGGCGACGUACAUUACAGCUGUAUUUAUUCCUUCCCAAGACGACCAAUUUUGUUUUACUAUGUUGAUGAAAUGGGUCUCAUGUAAUAUUUAGACACAAGGACUGCAGAUGCUGGGAUUUUUAGUGAAGUAAACCAAACCACUGGAGUCAUUCGGCAGGUUAGGCAGCAUCUCUGGAGAACGUGGAUAGACAACGUUUUGGGUCAGAACUCUUCAGACUGGAACUUUGUAUUUUUUGAUCAUCUAAUAUUUGUUGCUGUUAUCUUUAUGACAUUAGGAUGGCAUUAAAGUUGGAUUGUUUAGAAUUCCUCUCAUUUACCUACAAGGUUCCACCCUCAUGUAGCCCCAAUAUAUUAAGUGGAAAUUGGUCUUAGUUGUUUGAAGCUUGUAUUCUGGAAGUUUAUGCUGCUAUGAACAAUAACUUGGCCCCCGAGUGAAGCGAUUGUCUUUUCAGUUUGUAAAAGUAAUGCAAAAGUAGAGAAAACAAGCCAUGUUGAAUAUGGUGCAACACUGAGUAUACUGAUCAGAGCUGUAGACAGGGUCUCGUUGCCUCAGCUGUGCAGUGCAGCGUUUUGUUCUUGAGUGAGAGGGCAUAGACUCUGCAUCUAACAUCAAUGCCAGGAACCAGCCAACUAAUGAAGGCAGAACAGUUUCUACUAUUCCACUUACAAAGCAUCUUGCAGGCUUUCACUCAAAGUCCAAGGAGCUAUUUUCAGAAAUGAUUGAUUUUCUGAUAGUUUUGUUAAAUGAAUAAAAUAUUAUGCAUCAACCAAAAUCUAGGUUAUGACCGUUAGUAAUAAACUCGUGUAUUUACCAGCAAAUUUAAUGCACUGAAGAAAAACAUUAACCAAAAGACACAGAUAUUACAAAGUAAAUAUCUUUGCAGAUGAUAGGAGAAGCAAUUUUGAUAAACUGCGACAAGUAAAAUAAAGAUGAGAUGAGAGUGUGUGCUAAUGAUUUAUACCUCUUUGCCUGAUAUACAUUUUAAACAUUUCCUAUUCCUAAUUCCAGUUAUUUUCAGUUGAGAUGCCACAACUGUUAUCUGAUGAAGGUACAGUACUGACUAGGUUUUAAAUAAUUCUAACCAGCAGGAUAUUUUUGCAUUUAUGUUGCUUAUGUCCUUAAGCUUGUAAAUAAAAUGAAAGAACAUGCAUCAUUAA